AUGUUCCUGAAGACCAUUGUUCAAAGUAAGUUGGAUGGAGCCAUCCGGAAGAACCCGGCAACACAGGAUGCCACUGAUGAAGCCGUCCAGUUUUUCACAGGAACCGAAUAUUACACAACACCGGUUCCCUCGAAGCUGCUGCAUGCUACUCCUCCGCACGGACAGAUCAUCACUCACAGAAGUGCAGAGCCUCAGAAGUCGGUCAUUCACUGCACUGGACACCUGGGGGUCUUGGAAAGAAAAAGGAGAACCCGUUCCUCAGAAAGAGCGUGUGCAGACUGCUGGAGCCAGUGGUGUAGAAGUCUGGUUCUCCAGAUUCCUGGCGUCAGAAAGGUGAAGGCCAUGCAGCUCCUCCAGCGAUUCCCCAGCAUCCAUCAGCUCUGUGGAGCUUCAGUGCAUGAGCUUGAGCCCAUCGUGGGACAGGCCACAACCCAACAUAUCACAGCAUUCUUCCACAACCAGUUCACAUAGGAACGCAUGUUACGGACAACAGAAGGACUUUCAACAAAAAAAACAACAACAAGUGGCACUGAAGACUCAGUUGCAUGUAGUGUUUGUUCCUUACCCAAGUCCCAUUUCAAAGUGGGAGUUGUUGUUAUGUUCCUGUUCAUGCAUUUAUUUACUUUAUCUUUUUUGAGUUGCAUGAAAACAUACUAUGGGUUGAUAUUAAUGGAAUGAUAUUAAUGUGUUUGUUGUACAGUUGGGCCUGAAACCACAUUGAUCGUUUGAGAUUUUCAUUGAAACUUUGUAGGGAAGUAAUGAGGUUUUUGGAUUUAAGAAUAAAAUGUAUACAAAAAUACAAAAUGAUGAUAAUCCUGCCCUGUGUUAUGUCACAAAUCAAAUUACCAAAUCAGUGGCAUUGACCAUGUGACCUAAUUUGCAGUAAAGUUUGGAUUUCCUUUCUGCCAAGAUGUCAAAAAUAUAAAAUUUAAUAUAAAAUUAGAAUGUGUUAAACAACAUUUUCACUUGUGAUCUCAGACUUUUAAACUGGGCCAGUUUAAUUUAAACCUCAUAAUUUUUUA